AUGUCAAUAGCUAAAAAAAUCGAAUUAUAUGGUGCAAGUACACCAAAUGUACAUAAAGUUCUUUUUGCAUUGGAAGAAUUGAAUAUUCCUUAUAACUUUAAUGUUCUAAACCUUAGAAAUGGUGAUCAGUUCAGUGAAGAGUUCAAAAAGAUCAAUCCAAAUUCAAAAGUACCAGCGAUUUUUGAUCCAAAUGUUGAAGGUGGUCUUGCUGUCUUUGAAUCCGGAAACAUCCUUCAAUACUUGGCAACUCGUUAUGGCAAUGGUAAAUACCUACCAAAUCCAACUACCGAUAUCAAAGGAAACACUCAAGUCUUAGGUUGGUUAUACUGGCAAAUGUCUGGUUUGGGUCCAACUCAAGGAAAUCUUAAUCAUUUCAAUAAAUAUGCACCAGAAAAGAUUGAAUAUGCUCUUAAAAGAUAUUCAAAUGAACUUUCAAGAUUAUUACAUGUUUUGGAGAAAGAAUUGAAAGAUCAUACUUUUAUUGUUGGUGAUCAAUAUACUAUUGCUGAUAUGGCAAUUUAUGGAUGGAUUAGAUAUCUGUAUAUGUAUCCAGAGUAUUCAAGUCAAGAAUUCCCAAAUCUAUUUAAAUAUAUGGAUAGAGUUAGAUCAAUUCCAUCGGUGAAUAAAGUUGUUACUGAAGCAGAGGAAGAUCUAAAGAAAGAUCCUCAAAAACCAUUUACUGAUGAGGAAAGAAAGAUUAUGUUUGGUCAAAAUGGAAAAUCAAAUCAAAACUAA